UGCGUGCUGCGCCGGGGCUGCGAGGCGCUGAGGGGAGAGGCGCCGCCGCCAGCGCCGCGGUGGGACCCGUUAGAGCGGAAGCGCUGCCGCCGCGGUCUUCGCGGUCCCGGGGCAUCUCGUUCCCGGCAGGUGGGAGGCGGGAGCCAUGUCGAAGCGGCUCCGGAGCAGCGACGUGUGCGCUGACUGCAGCGGGCCAGAUCCUUCCUGGGCGUCAGUAAAUAGGGGGACUUUCAUAUGUGACGAGUGCUGCAGUGUCCAUCGGAGUCUAGGGCGCCAUAUCUCCCAAGUAAGGCAUCUGAAACACACGCCAUGGCCGCCAACACUGCUUCAGAUGGUCGAAACCCUGUAUAAUAACGGUGCUAAUUCUAUAUGGGAGCAUUCUCUGCUGGACCCUGCCUCUAUUAUGAGCGGAAGACGCAAAGCUAAUCCACAGGAUAAAGUACAUCCCAAUAAAGCAGAAUUCAUCAGAGCCAAGUAUCAGAUGUUAGCAUUCGUCCAUCGCUUGCCCUGCCGGGAUGAUGAUAGUGUGACUGCCAAAGACCUUAGCAAGCAACUCCAUUCAAGCGUGAGAACAGGGAAUCUCGAAACCUGUUUGAGACUGUUAUCUUUGGGAGCACAAGCCAACUUCUUUCAUCCUGAAAAAGGAAACACCCCGCUCCAUGUAGCUUCCAAAGCAGGGCAGAUUUUGCAGGCUGAGUUACUAGCAGUAUAUGGAGCAGACCCAGGCACACAGGAUUCCAGUGGGAAAACGCCUGUCGAUUACGCAAGGCAAGGAGGGCACCAUGAACUGGCCGAACGCCUUGUAGAAAUCCAGUAUGAGCUGACUGACAGACUAGCCUUCUAUCUCUGUGGCAGGAAACCAGAUCACAAAAAUGGACAGCACUUUAUAAUACCUCAAAUGGCAGACAGCAGCCUGGAUUUGUCUGAAUUGGCAAAAGCUGCUAAGAAGAAACUUCAAUCUCUAAGUAAUCAUUUGUUUGAAGAACUUGCCAUGGAUGUGUACGAUGAAGUUGACAGGCGAGAGACUGAUGCAGUCUGGCUUGCCACGCAAAACCACAGCACCCUGGUAACCGAGACAACGGUCGUCCCCUUCCUCCCCGUCAACCCCGAGUACUCGUCAACACGAAACCAGGGCAGACAGAAAUUAGCUCGAUUUAAUGCCCACGAGUUUGCCACUCUGGUCAUCGACAUUCUCAGCGACGCCAAGAGGAGACAGCAGGGCAGUCCUCUCUCUAGUUCAAAAGACAAUGUGGAACUCAUCUUGAGAACCAUCAAUAAUCAGCAUAGUGUUGAGAGUCAAGACAACGACCAGCCAGACUACGACAGCGUGGCAUCAGAUGAAGACCCAGAUUUGGAAACCACUGCAAGCAAGGCGAACCGGCAGAAGAGCCUAGAUUCAGAUUUAUCAGAUGGACCAGUCACUGUACAGGAAUUUAUGGAGGUCAAAAACGCUCUAGUGGCUUCUGAGGCCAAGAUACAACAGCUAAUGAAGGUGAAUAACAACUUGAGUGACGAGCUGAGAAUUAUGCAGAAAAAGCUUCAAACACUCCAGAGUGAAAAUUCGAACCUCAGGAAACAGGCCACAACCAAUAUAUAUCAGGUGCAGACUGGUUCUGAGUACACAGACACUUCCAGCCACUCUUCCUUAAAGAGACGUCCAUCUGCCCGGGGCAGUAGGCCCAUGUCCAUGUACGAGACGGGAUCGGGUCAGAAACCGUAUCUCCCAAUGGGAGAAGCGAGCCACCCUGAAGAGAGCAGGACGAGACUCCAGCCCUUCCCUGCACACAUCGGGAGGAGUGCACUUGUGACCUCCUCUUCAUCUCUGCCCUCCUUCCCCUCCACACUUUCCUGGUCGAGGGACGAAAGCACCCGAAGGGCAUCUAGGUUGGAGAAACAGAACAGCACACCUGAGAGUGACUAUGAUAACACUCCCAACGACACGGAGCCAGAUGACUUGGGGUCAAGCCAAAAGGGAAGGCAAAGGAGUAUGGUGUGGCCGGGGGAUAGCUCAGUCCCAGAUACGGCAGAACCCCACGCAGCCCCGAACCCCACUCUUCCCAGCACUGAAGAUGUCAUCCGGAAGACCGAGCAGAUCACCAAAAACAUACAGGAGCUCUUGAGGGCAGCCCAGGAGAAUAAACAUGACAGUUAUAUUCCCUGCUCUGAGAGGAUCCAUGUAGCUGUGACAGAAAUGGCAGCACUGUUCCCCAAAAAACCCAAGUCCGACCUGGUGAGGACUUCCCUGCGCUUGCUGACAUCCAGUGCCUACCGGCUCCAGUCUGAGUGCAAGAAGACUCUCCCAGGGGAGCCCGGCUCGCCCGCGGACGUACAGCUCGCCACGCAGCAGGUCAUCCAGUGCGCGUAUGACAUCGCCAAGGCCGCCAAGCAGCUGGUCACCAUCACCACCAAAGAGAACAACAACUGAGCGGUGGCCACCGGCCCUCCUAUUUUCUAAGCUUUUUAAAUCCUGAUUUUGAAUUUAGACACGGAACUCUUCAGAUUUUUACACAGAGAAGCAUUUAAUGAUGGUUUAAAACUUUUUAAAAAGAAAACUCAGUAUUAUUUUUGCAUGUUUUCUAACAAAUUUUCAACUAUUAAUUUAACCCACUUGCCUUAUUUCAUGCCUGUUUGCCAGUUUAGUGGUGUCGUCAACGACUGUCAAGGUCAUAAUCUCUUGUGUCCAAAAGGACAGUUUCAUUGUUUGAAUUAGUUAAAAUAUUUCCAUCCCUUAAAACUCCCUGCCUAGGGCUAAAACUAUAAUGAGAUCUUUAGCAAAACAUUUUCUUGAGAGAGUUGGGUUAAAGAAAAAAAAUGAACAUUAUCUGUUCCCGACCAAGCAUUGUGCAAUAAGUGAAUUUUCCAGCCUACUGCAAAAUCUCUAUGUUUGGGGUAUCUCCAAACAGGUAUGUAGAGAAAGGACUUUGCCACUUUCUAAAAAAUAGCGUAACGGUCUCUCUUGGGAGGAAACGAUGAGUUGAUCCAUUUCUUCUGACGUUCUAUUAUGUUCUGUUAUUUAAUGUUUUUUAUCUCGAUCUCCUAUCUCUUUAUGUUGUACUCUCAUCCUCAAGUCUCCAUAGAGUCAGAGAGCAGUCACUGUCUGGAGCGUGUCUCAUUUGGCCGGUCAGGGUAGGGACCCCACAUGCAUCGUCACUAUCGUCGAGGGUGCUGCUGUCCCUGUGAGCCAGGCAGUUUAUUCAGAACAUGCGGCAGAGAGAAGGCCCAGCCAACAAGCCAUACCUAAUCCUAUACCACCCAGCCAGAUAUCAACGUGUCACUGCCAGGAACUGAAGGGAAAAGAAGGAAUCUUCUUCUCCCUUUGAUUUUUCAUGCAAAUUUCAGCUACUCCUUUCACCACUCUCAGCUGGCUCACACGAGCCCCUUUGCAUUUCUCAUCUUUUAAGGACUUCUCAUAAGGUAAAAUGUACAAGUUAUCCGAGUUGGUUUCUGCUUCAUAACCUCACUGGUUCUUAGAAAGUAGCCAACUUUCAAGACUUCCUUCAAGAGCUUGCUCUAGCUGACUGCCAGCGCUCCCAGAGCUACCAGAGAGCCCAGGCUGGAGUUCUGGAGCAUGCUGAGAGUGUUUUGUAAAGUGUUUCGGAAUGUCAGAGCAUCUUCCUGUCCCAGCUUCAUGUGGCUCUGGUUCAGACUCUCACCUGACAGCAGGUGCUGGGGAUGGAUGAGGUGAGCAGGGUGUGCAGCUGGGGAGGUUGGAGGAGGAUCUGGGGAGCCAUGGCCCUCCCAAUAGAGAAAGCAGCUCCCAGCUCCCCUCAUGUGGCCAUGUGGAAAUGUAGGCCUGGGGUUGCCAGAACCUGGAUUUUUCAAGAGACUCUAGAAAUCUGGAUCCGUGUGCAUGCGUGUGCUAUUCCUCAUGUAUACAUGUUGGCAACCAGUAUGAACAUUUCCACAGAACACAUGUAGGUGAGCUGCAGCCUGUAGCCUGCCAGCCCAUGGCCUCUGCCAUGGGGUCUGUAAACUGCGCAGCGUGAGGGCUCGGCUCCCCUGUGCACUGCCAGGUUAGCCUCUGAGCCCAACCUGUCACGUAGCUGUCCCGCCCUGUGUUCAGUUCUGUCAGAGUUCUGUCACCCAUGUAUUCUGUCCCAUAGUGGUCAUUAGCACAUGUGGAAAAGUCACAGUAAUCAGAGUACAAAUUGCCUCUACUCUCACAGAACUGUUUGGUUCAUAGCUUGACCUUAUGCUCUUCCAAAAGUAGCACCAUGACAGUUAUUGCUACAUCAUGGUGGAGGAUGCUUCUGUCGCGUUCUGCUACCCUGUGGGUAGAUGGGAAAAGGGUCCACUUCUCCAAAAGACUCGUCGCACAGCCUGAGUGCCGCACUGCUGCUGGAUGUCCAGGGGAGGCCUCCCAGCAGGGGCCUCCCACGGUUUGAGCACCGUCUGAUAACCUUGGCCACAUGCUCCGUGUACUUAGCUGGCUGGCCCUCUUUCUCGCACACACCUGCCCUCCUGCCUUGGGAAAGGACCCUGAGCUGGUGCCCUUAGCCUCCCACAGGACAUGGGCUUCUGCAGAGACUUCUGGAAAAUGAAUUGUCUGCAGUAGGUGAAGCGACGUCUUCUCUAGAACACUUGGGGACCUGCACUAGAGGACAUUGUCUGUGCCCUCAGAAAAAAAUCAAGGAACACGGGGACCAACAAAGCAUUUCCAGUUACAAGAUCACCACAGAAGAAUUUGGUUAACCCGCAGUGCCAAAACUCCGAACAGAAGUUCCCGGGUGAGAGACCCGCGAGCAGGGCUGCAAGUCAUCCUUAUCGUGUGCCCCGCUCAUUCUCUUGGCUUCAUCCCGGAUCUGGUGUCAGAGUUCUCUGCUCCUGUUGGCAAAUCACACCCGGUCUGAACCCUUGUUCCGGCCACCUUUUGCACAUGGAUGCCACAGCCUUUGCACUAGUGACUGCAUUCCGUCAUUUCCCCCCCCUUACCCUCAGUUAUCCCUCCCUCCCCAUGCACCCCCUCCGUGCCCCCAAAGCUGAUAGGACAGAGGUUGCACUUUAUGAAACCGGCACUUGGCUGAACAGAAGGAAACUGCCCUGCCCCCCACGCUCCUCUCACUGAAAUCAUCUGCCUUCGAAUGCGAAUAGUUCUUAUUUGCCAAAGAGCAACGAAUGGGGCCCAAAGAUCAAAUGCAGCAUUUCCUGAAACCGGAACUAUGAACACGCGGCUCGGGCACUGUCACUCAAUUCCUUGAGUGAUUUCAGUUGCAGAACCAAGAGUGGAACUGGUACAUGUUUGUCCUCGACAGCAUCUGUGAGCUUU